AUGUUCCUCGGCCCCCGCAAAACCCCACUCCGCAGGUCCGACCUUCUCGUCCUCUGCAGAACCUGCCGUCAAAUCAUUCAAAGAAGCGAAAAGGAGAAGAUGAACCUUCCCAUUGCCGGCACUGGUAUACUUCUUGAUACACCAGAAGCAAUUGAGGCUUGGAUUAUGGAACGCAAGGCGCGAUGGCCUAGUGCCAAGCGCAUCGAAGAAAAGAGUGCUGCAAAGAAGGCUGCACAAAAAAGGGGCGAGAUCCCCGAUCAAACAACCGGGCACCGCUUUCCCGAGACAGCUGGCACCGCUAUAUCGCAGCGCAAGCCUUCGUUGAACGCACAUCAACACAUUUCCACUCGAAGCCGACGACGAGGUCAUGGUGGCAAUCGGCCUGAUAUCCGCCAUUCGGAGAGGUUCGCAGAGCCCCACUCAUCAACAAUCGCACACUAUCAUCAGCCCAUUUCUAGGCCGGGUGUGGCAAACACUGGACCUAAAAACGGAGCGUCUCCAUCUGUCCGUCCCUUAACCCCCUCUUCUAGUAUCUCCUCGGGAUCUGGGGAGAGUCUCAGUGAUUUGGACCCCAUUACGGAUGCCGUCUCCUCAAAGAAAGCAACCCUUGAAGCACUGGCUCAUUCUGAAAGCAUACAAACCGGGGAAGUUUCUCGAAUGAUAUUGCGACCCAUUCGUAUCACCCGUCGGAAGGCUUGUGGGAGCCAUCCAAGCAAAUCCUCGACAGAUAACUUUAUGCACGCACUCCUGUCAACCGAAAUCCGUGCGACUGUGUCAAGGGUUUCUCAAGCGAUUCAGUUCCUUGUGGACAAUGACCUCCUAGAAGGGGUGGAAGAACAGGUGGGGGACACGGAAAAAGUGGAUUAUGUCACCAUAAUUUCACCGUCAGACGGCCAUUAA